AUGAACUUCUCAGAUCUGCCUUUUGAAGUGAAAUGUCAUAUACUCUCGUUUCUAGAUUAUUUAAGCUUUAUAUUACAAAAAGGGCUAUGUUUGAAUAAGACCUUUUGUAGGAAUUUGCUUUAUGCAAUUGAGCCACCAAAGAAAUUAUUGUUUGGUCCUCUUCCGAAGCGUGCUGCAAUUCCGAUUCAAACCAAUGAUGAUGAUAUGGAUGGAGAGUUAGACGACCAAAAUUGUCAUUCUAGAAUUAGUGUGAAAUUUCGAUAUGCCGUUAUUGAUGCAAGUCAGUUCUAUGAUCGAAUUACAAACGUUUUACUUCCAAAAUAUUUGAAGCCCAUGUGUUUUAAUAAGACAAUCACCUAUUUAGAUAUUCAUACCGUUGGUGCAAAAUUGACCAUGAAACAGACCAUUGAUAUUUGCAAAGAAUUUCCAAACCUCACACAAGUUCACUUUAUUAAUCAUUUCCCAACUCUAUCAAAACUGAAAUCAUUUAUUUUAGAAUCUCUGUAUCCUCAAUAUUGUGCACAUUUGCGAGUGAUAGAUAUAACAUCUGGAGAAUUAGCAUCACAAAAUCAAACCGUUGGAAAUACUGUGAAAAAGAAAGUGACUCCCAUUCAACGGUUACGAUCUGAAGAGGAUUUUCCAGCCAUUGUUGAUUAUGCGUUGUUGGUUCUUCCCAAUACAUCGUCUGCAUCAACCUCGGGAACGACAUCUUAUUUAAAGUUGAAUGACGAACAAACAUUGACCUUUCUCAAACAACUCAUUGAGAAGUACUAUGUGCCAAUCAAUACAUGCAUUCAGGGUAAAUACACCUUUCUAUCAGGAGCAUGUCACAACAGCCAUUUUGAAUGCAUUAAAUAUUUACUAAAUUUUGGAGCAAACCUAAGGAAAAAUCGCUCCAAAUCAAAAGAUUCAAUCAGUAGAAGCAUAUCAUUGGAUCUGAUGAACAUUGCAGAGAGCUCUGAAAAAGAGCUACUUUUACUGAAAUCGCAACCAAAUAAGGCCCUGUAUUUUUCAUUCAAAAGGAACUUUUGUAUUGCGCCAUUAGUAAUACUUCAAAAAGAGAAUAUUAUUGAUUACUUGAUAGAGAAGGGUAUCACGCUGUGUGAAUAUCAAAUUGCGUCCAUCAUUCAACAUUUGAGAAGAUCACUGGCUAAUUUAUCCUUUGCCACACCAGACAUGAAACUCAAGAUCAUUGAAAAGAAGAAGAAGCAAGAGCAGAUAUUUUACAAAACUCUCCACAAACUCGAUCACUUUUUAUUUACUUUUUCAGAUGUUGAUGUUGAAACAGGUUCGAGUCCCAUUCAUCAAAUUUUAGAUUAUACCUCAUUGAGAAUCAUACUUCACAAAAUGGGACUACACUCAUUGCACAGCUCACCCGAUUCACUGAGUAAUGAAGUUGAACAAAUGAUUAACACAACAAAUAAGUGUACAGGUGCUUCAGUGAUUCACAUGUUGUGUGCGAGUUCCUCUUCCCUUUGCAAAGUCUAUCAACCCACAAGUAUUUCUGAAAUUAUUAAUGCCCUCUCUGUAUAUAGUAGUAGUAAUACGAACGAAACGAAUUUCCAUUUGUCAUCACUCGAUACGGAAAUAUUUUCAAAUAUUCAAAAUUUUCAUCACUUUUUGAAAGCACGACUGGAUAUUUAUGAUUUGAAUGGAAUGACACCCAUUCAUUUAUGUGUGGAUAUGGAGCGAUAUGAUCUAGCUAAAGAAUGGUUGAAAUGGAAACCAGAACAUGCACUGUUUCUCACGAAAAAUACUAACGAGUCUAUUUUACACAUUCUUGUCGAACAAUUUACACAUACCAUGUUUGACCUAAGCGCUUCGAGUAGUGACGACGAGGCAAGUUAUAGAAAAUGCAUGAACAGUCAUGUAGUGUUAGAAUCACCGGCCUCUCCCAGUGAUUUAUCGUCGAUUCCUGAGGUCAUGGAGGAGAAUUUACUCGAGAAGAGACGAAUUGAAUUACAGGAGAAGGAACGAACUUGUAAGCUCAACAAAAUUCUUUCUCUCAUCAAAUUUAUUGCUACCGGUUUGAAAAUUAGUGAUGAGGAAAAAAAGAAGCUCUUCAUGGUACAAAACGAUUUGAAUAUGACCAUCUUGGAUAAUAUCCACUCUUCUUUCGAUGACUACAUUACCGAGGAAGUAACUGACCACGAAGAAUACAAACACUACAAGGAGUAUGUGCACGAGAUUUUGUCCUUACUUGAGAAAUAA